UGGAGCCUAAAUUGUCAUUCCCUUGUAUCACUUUUGCUUCCUUAACCUAUUUUGUUAUCCUCAAUUUUCAAUGGCUCAAUCCCAUUCUGGAAAAACCUCUUCCAUGACUUCAAUACUCCUCCUGUUUAUGCUUCUUAUCAGUAAUACAGGCACAACAGGUGCACAAUCUGGUGUAUGCUAUGGAAGAGUUGGCAACAAUCUGCCAUCGCCACAAGAAGUAGUUUCCCUUUUUAAACAGUACGGCUUCCAAAGGAUGAGAAUCUAUGAUCGAAACCAUGAAGUCCUCCAAGCUCUGAGAGAUUCCAACAUUGAGUUGCUGCUAGAUCUUCCUAACAUCGACCUCCAAUAUGUAGCUUCCAGCCAAGACAACGCAAACAGAUGGGUGCAAGACAAUGUCAGAAACUUUUGGAAUGUCAGAUUCAGGUACAUUACUGUGGGAAAUGAAGUGAAGCCUUGGGACUCAUUUGCACAGUUUGUAGUGCCUGCAAUGCAAAACAUCCAAAGAGCAAUUUCUAAUGCUGGCCUUGGAAACCAAAUCAAAGUUUCCACUGCCAUUGAGUCUGGUGCAUUGGCAGAAUCAUACCCUCCAUCAAGAGGCUCAUUUAGGUCUGAUUAUAGAACAUCAUAUCUUGAUGGUGUCAUCAGAUUUUUAGUGAACAACAAUGCCCCAUUAUUGGUUAAUGUGUACCCUUACUUAGCUUACAUUGAAAACCCUAGGGACAUUAGUCUUGACUAUGCACUCUUUAGGUCUCCUUCGGUGGUAGUGCAAGAUGGUUCACUUGGUUACCGUAACCUUUUUGAUGCUAUGGUUGAUGCUGUUUAUGCUGCGUUGGAGAAAUCUGGAGGAUGGUCACUGAACAUAGUUGUGUCUGAGAGUGGAUGGCCUUCUUCUGGUGGAACUGCAACUUCACUUGAUAAUGCAAGAACUUACAACACAAACUUGGUUCGGAAUGUGAAGCAAGGAACACCAAAAAGGCCUGGUAGACCCCUUGAAACUUAUGUGUUUGCCAUGUUUGAAGAAAAUCAGAAGCAGCCAGAGUAUGAGAAGUUUUGGGGGCUCUUCCUUCCAAAUAAACAGCUCAAAUACUCUAUUAAUUUGAAUUAGUUAUUAGAAGUAUAUAUAGUUUAUAAGAAAUAAGGGCUAUGAUUUCAAGUGAAGCUUCCAUAAUUGACCUAGAAGAGGCAGCUAUGGAGCUUUAUCUGAACUGUUGGAGUCAAUAUGUACCCAUUUACGAGCAAAGUUAGCUUUAAAUAAAGAUUUUCCUUAUCAAUAUUAUACAGUA